GGAGGAUUUAAGGGAGAAUGAGGGGCCGAGAAACAAAAUAUCCCGGGCUUGCGUGGCUCGGGAUCUAGCCCAAUGAGGAUCCACUCAAUUGAAACGUAAAACUGUGGCUAGUACGGGCGUGGCUAUGUUAGAGUUUAAUUAAGCUGGCCACAUUGUUCCCAAAAAGUUGGCUCCCCUACUUAGUAGCGCAGAUCUCGAAAAGUCCAGUCGCGACGUGCAAAUUACCAAGAAUAAACCAAUCUUUCUCUCUUUCCCACACAAUCCGGAAACCCUCACGACAUCAUCCACAUUCCAAUCCAACUUGCGCCGAUUUCAACCGCUUAACUCAUCAACGAAUACUAUCGGCGAUUCAAAUACUUCCCUGAUAAUUAUUUAAAAGUUGAGAUAUCGCACUGACGCAACUAUGGAGAAUAUCGAGACGGAACAAACCCCUUUCGCAGCCGUCACGGCUCAAACAUCUAAGCUUCAAAGACAAUACCAAGCUCUGUUAGAUCAAUCGACGCCGUUCGUCCUGUACCGAUGGGUUGGCACGGCUGCGUUUCUAGGUGUCUUCUUUCUCCGCGUGCUCUUCGCGCAAGGAUGGUAUAUCGUCGCAUAUGCGCUCGGUAUUUACCUCCUCAACUUGUUCCUAGCCUUCCUUCAACCCAAGUUCGACCCCUCAAACGAUAUCCUAGAUAACGAAAUGGAAGAUGGUUCAGCUGGUGGUCUGCCGACAAAGCAGGAUGAGGAGUUCCGACCGUUUAUCCGACGCCUCCCCGAGUUCAAGUUCUGGCACGAGGCUACCCGCGCCAUCGCUAUUGGAUUCUUGUGCACUUGGUUUGAGAUCUUCAAUGUUCCGGUCUUCUGGCCUGUGUUGGUCAUGUACUGGAUCAUCCUCUUCGUUCUGACCAUGCGCAAGCAAAUCCAGCACAUGAUCAAGUACCGAUAUGUGCCCUUCACUUUCGGCAAGGCGAAGUACGGUAAGAGCAGUACUUCAUAAGUACAAGGCUGUUAAUGAUUCCACGAGUCAUUUUUGGGAUUUAUCAGGAUGAUAAUCAGAAGAGCAAACCGAAUAGGUCUAGACGACAAGUAUAGACAGCUUUCGGUAUAUUAUAAUGAAGACUACUUUCUGAAGGUGGUGUGUACGUUCUGGUUUUGAACUGUAUAAAUUAUGAUGCAGGUAUUUUGUAUGAGGUAUACAGGAGCUAGGCGACCUGUAACGGAGUAAUGUGGUGAAGCAUCCAGGUAUAAUUGUUGGUUGACCUUAAAGGAAAGCGUCCUAUUAUGUGUGAAGCUAUGUGGUGGGAUAAGGAUCGAUGGUAGCAUGAAAGCGGCUUGGGGCGCAGGUUUUGAAGUCUUUCAGGAUCAUCAUCAAUUAACAUCAAUAGACAUUACGCUGAAGAACAAAAUAAUAAUCAGAAUCCGAAAUAUUUAUUAAUGCA